UCUACACAAGUCAAGAAGAUCAUGUUUGAUGCACUGGUGGAUGUAUUUAUUUCUUCUUCAAGAAAUUUGAACAAGAAGUUUUCCUCGAAAGGCGUUUGUGCGUGAGCAGCCAUGGCUUCACUGGGGCAGAUCAUCUUCUUCAUGAUGAUCACGCUCACUGUUGUCUUCUCAGCGCUCAUCAUCCUCAUCGUCUCCUUGUCACUUUCAGGCAGAUUGUUGCUGGUUCAGAGCCUCAACAGACUUCCUGUGGCCAACCUCGACGAAGACCACAUGCUCAGCUGCUUCCUGACCGUAGACAGUGAACAAAGUCUACUCCAAGAUGUGUCCAUCACAUGGACGAAGGAGUCGCUGACUGGAAUUAUUUACAGCUACGAGGAUGGCGCAGAGAGCAACGACGAGCAGGACUCACAGUACAGCGGCAGGGUACAAAUCUUCAGCGACAUGGUGGUAAAAGGAAACGCCUCACUUCUGCUGAGGAAGGUACGACGCACCGAUGCAGGCGAGUACACUUGCUUGCUCAGUCACUCGGGAGGCACCGGGAAGGUCAACAUCAUCCUCAGGACGGCAGCUUUCACAGCACCCACGUUUACAUUGUCAAACGGUGCCCUGACAGCUGAAGCGACCAGAUGGUUUCCCAAGCCCAACGUGACAUGGCUGGAUGCCGGUAACAACGUUCUGCAGGGGAGCACAGACUUCCAGCAGAGUUCUGCGGGCAUAUUUCGAGUGGUCAGCACAUUGCAGUUGGUUAAUGUCAGCGACACUUACACGUGCAGGAUUCAGAAUGACCUGGUGGCGGCUCACUCUGAUGCCACUGUGACAACAGUCAUAACGCCACUCCUGGAGGAAAUCACAACUGCAUUGGGGCCUGGGCCAAAAUGACUUUGACAGCACUUUCACAUAGAUAGGACAACCUUGUGAAUAUGCCAAUAACUAGCUUCUAAUAAAGGUAAUUUGCAGAAAUAACUUAUAGGAAGUUAUGAUUUGUUAUUGUUUGUUGAAUUGUUACAAAAAUUAUAGAUACAUUGAAGCAGUGAUCGUAUUGUCUCGAUUUAAUCGCAAAUAAUUUACACGCUCUGAAACUUUGGUCUGUUUAAUUGAAUACAAAGCUAGGAUGCUGUUUACGACAUCAAUUGCUUAUUUGUACCUUCUGCCAUCUAGUGGAAGAGCUUUUAAUUGUCCUGCCUUUCACUGUCGCAGGCAGAGCUAGAUGCUAUGCUGCUUUAUCAGUCGUAAAUACACUGCUCAAAAAUUAAAGGGAACACUCAAAUAACACACCCCAGACCUGAAUGAAUUAAACAUUUUCAUUGAAUACCUUUGUUCUGGACAAAUUUGAAUGUCCUGACAACUAAGUCACACAAAAAUCAUCAAUGGAAAUCUAAUGUAAUAAAUCAAUGGAGGCCUGGAUUUGGACUUGCACACAAAAUUAAAGUGGAAACACACACUUUGAUGUAAUGACCUUAACACAAGUCAAAAUGAUGCUCAGUAGU